AUGACAGGUCUGUUGAAGAAACAUGGCAUCAUUCACAAGGUGGCGACGUCUUACCAUCCCCAAAUAAAUGGCCAAGCCGAGGUGUCUAAUAGAGAGAUCAAGCGUAUACUAGAGAAGAUUGUUAAACCUCAUAGAAGGGACUGGAGCUCUAGGCUUGGAGAUGCGCUAUGGGCUGUGAAGGAAUGCAACUCUGGAUUGGGAGGAGCCAGAAUUGAAAGAAAAUUACAACUGGAGGAAUUGGAGUGCCUUCGACUAGAAACGUAUGAGAACUCAAGACUCUACAAGGAAAAGGUGAAGGCGGUACAUGACAAGAACAUCAAGAGAAGAGAGUUUAGAGUUGGGGAUCAAGUUCUUCUCUACAACUCAAGGCUGAGGUUAAUGCCGGGCAAGCUGAGGUCAAGAUGGGAUAGACCCUACAUGUUGGAGAAGGUGGAACCGUACGGCGUUGUCCACCUAAGUCACCCCUCAAGUCCUACCUUCUUCAAAGUCAAUGAACACCGCCUAAAGCUGUAUCAUGGUGUAAAAGUUAAGAACAACAAGGAGCUGGAGAUCUUCCUCUUGAAGGAUCCAGCAAAGGAAGAGGAUUGA